AUGGCAACAGACAUGUACCCCGGCAAACGCCUCUCUUAUUCCUCGCAUCUAUGCACCGUCCGCUACCAUGGCCCCGUGCAAGGAACCACCGGUACCUGGCUUGGCGUAGAAUGGGACGAUGCCACGCGCGGGAAGCACUCGGGCUCCCACCAAGGGACGCAAUACUUUACGUGUGUCAAUCCCUCGCCAACAUCAGCCUCCUUUAUCCGACCAGCCCGCAAGUCCGACCCGCCGCGGACAUUUGUCAAAGCGCUAAAGGCAAAGUAUGCGUCUGAAGAGGAGGAAAACGCGGACGAAUACACCGAGGAUCCACAUGUCAAGGUGGUGUUUAAUGUGCAGGCGCCGCAGCACCAACAGGAAAGAAAACCGGUCCUGUUCAAUGGAAAGCCGGCUGAGGAAAUCGGCUUCGAUAAGAUCAGACGACAGCUGGCUCAGCUGUCCGAGUUGAAGAUUAUCAUCUUGGAUGGACUGCGGAUGCAUCGCCCCGAAGCACGGGGGAUCAAAUGGAUGCAAGAUGGCGAGAAGAGCGAUGUGAAAGAUGCGUGUCCAAAAGCAAUCGAAUUGGAUUUAAGCCGGAAUCUGUUCGAAGAGUGGAGAGAAGUAGCGGCCAUCUGUGAACAGCUCCCAGACUUGAGGAGCUUGAGGGUGGACGGCACACGGUUCCGAGACGUAAGCCUUACAGAUGCCGAGCAAGAAAGAUGUCAAAAGGCUUUUACUGGAAUCUCGUCGUUGAGACUAGAAGAUAAUUUGCUUCCUUGGGCUGACAUCGCACAACUCACCCACCUCUUCCCCUCCCUCACCACCUUCUCUGCCUCCAGCAACCUCUACACAGCACUUACGCCGCACACGCCCAACCUAGCGAUUAUCGAUCUGACGCUAGAAGAUAAUCUCAUCACUUCGCUCUCUUCCAUCGCAUGCCUAUGCAAACUACCGAACCUGCAACGGCUGAUUCUCAAAUCGAACAAAGUCGCAGAAAUAGCUGGCGCCGACGCACCAGCACCGCUAUUUCCAAAGACAGUGCGAGAAGUCGAUCUCUCAUUCAACGAGAUCACGACAUGGGGUUUCAUCGAACAACUCGUCCAUGUAUUUCCUGGCCUCCAGAGUCUACGCGUCUCGCACAAUCCCCUGUACCAGUCGCUCCAAGCACCAGACGGACGUGCGCUGACGGCCGACGACGGGUACAUGCUUACAGUUGCGCGACUGGGCCAGCUCAAGACAUUGAACCACAGUCCCAUUACCGAGAAAGAGCGCCUAAACGCAGAGUCAUAUUAUCUGUCUAUGAUCGCAAAGGAGGUGCAGUUUGCGCCUGAGAACCAGCGCGAGCAAAUCCUGAAGACCCAUCCGCGAUACGAGUGGCUGUGUGAAGAGUAUGGAGAACCUGAUACCCAGCGUUCUGCGAGCAAGGUCAAUCCAAAUUCUCUCGCUGCCCGCCUACUUCGAAUCAAGUUCUACCUUGCGACCUCUCCGUCUAACGUCUUCGAGACGGAGAUUCCAAUGGGCAGCACCGCAUACACCACCCUGGGCGUCGUAGGCAAGCACUUCCGAAUCAAGCCCAUCGAAUGCAAGUUGAUUUGGGAAACCGGCGACUUCAUGUCUGUGCGGAAGUCGGCUACAAAUAUUGUAGAUGACGACUGGGAUUCAGAGGACAGUGAGGCGGAGAUGGGCAUGGAGCGCGUGAUGCGGGAAGUGGAAAUUGUGCCGGGAACCAGGUCGAUUGGGACGUGGAUUGACGGGACCGAGGCUACCGUCAGAGUAGAAGUGCAGCCAGAAGGAGUCUAG